AUGAAGUGCCAGGGCGUGACCCAGGGAGACCCUGAGUAUGAAGAACUUCGAACCCGAUACUUUCAUGCACGUGUUCCAAAGGCCAAACCGGCAAAAAUAUAUCGACCUCGCACAACGCUUGACGUAGCGGAGAUCUUGAAGUAUGCGCGCUUAGCCAACACAAAAGUCGGAGUACGAUCAGGCGGUCAUUUGUUCGCAUGUUGUUCGCUGCUACCCGAUGGCGUGUUGCUUGACACAUGCCACCUCAACCAAGGAAUUGAUUACAACCCCCAGACACAGUUGGUGGCUUUCCCUCCAGGCGCCAGAUCAAAAGAGCUUGCCGAAGCUUUGACUGCCGUGGGAAGAUUCUUCCCAUUUGGACACUCGCCGACCGUUGCGGCGGGAGGAUUCCUGCUUGCCGGUGGGCAAGGAUGGUUCAUGCGUGGCUGGGGAUGCACAUCAGAUAGAUGGGUCGAGCAGAUGGAGAUCGUAACAGCGGAUGGAGAGAUUGUGCAAGCGAGCAAAACGCAAAAUGCGGAACUAUUUUGGGCCGCACGAGGAAGUGGGCAGGGCUUCUUCGGAGUUGUGACUAGGAUCUGGGGAAAGACAAUUCCAACCCGUCGAUUGUGGGAGAGAGUGGUAGUAUUCGAUUGUACGAAAUCGUUCUCCGGUAUCCUUCAUGCUUUAUUUGAGUUGACCGACUGCACUCCCAAACACGGUGUUGAGGUUGCCUUCGCGACCUUUCGACCAGACCGCGAUGAUGCGAGUCUUGGAGAAGAGGUAAAUGACAGGCGCGUGUUUAUGGCGGCCAGCAUUUUGGCCUUUUCGGAUACCUUUGCGGAGGCGAAGACUCUGCUAAGCCCGUGGGAAAGUUUGCCUGAAAUUCUAAGUCAGCACCAAAUUACGUCCAUCCCGUUAGCAGAACGAACGUGGAACGAGUUAUUCGAGGCUCAGGAUAGACUUAAUCCUUCAGGAAAUGGGGAGAGGUGGCAAUGUGAUAGCAUCCUUGAUCACCCAGAAGUGGACAGAGAACAGUUAAUUAAGGCGAUCAAGCCAGCUCUGUGGGAUCUACCUACCCGCCGUUCAAUUGGGUGCAUAUACGUUGGGAAUUACAGACCUGACGAAACAAACCAAGCCAUCAGUAUUCCGCAGAAUUUCUAUAUUGCCUCGAUGUCUUGCUGGACGGAUCCCUCGUGGGACGAUCGCAUGAGCCGUUGGAUGCGUGAAGUGUAUACACGAGCCUCGAAAGUUUCAUGCGGGCAAUACAUUGCCGAUUUUGAUGCCAAUCAAAGACUGACGCCUGUUCUUACUGACUCUGCCCUGCAGAAAUUUCUUGCUGUCCGUCGGAAAUGGGACCCAAGGGAGACGUUCAUUGGCUAUCGCGGAUUCAGUGAAUUGACCACAACCCCGGCGAGUUUGUAA